CCUUUCACAUUCUACAUCACACACCACAGACUCACACUAUAUACUCCUUAUUUGAUCACGACAGGAAGCUUACACUUUUGCAAAAUGACGACACUUCACUAUUUACCUCCUGUGAAGCCCUCUGCAAUCGCAAUGGGCACCUUCUUCACCCAUACCGCCUCACUGGGUAUAUUGGCCCCUGUGUUCGGCGACACUUACCAUCGUGCUCAGGCUGCCAACUCGAAAGAGGAGUUCAUCAAGUCCAAGGAGGCUGCCGGGGCUGUGGCAGCCUGGGGAAGUUCACUGAUCGGGAGUGCCGUACAGACUUAUGGAGUGGCUGCUCUGAUCAAUGCAACUGGGACGCUGAGUUACAAGGGCGCCGCGUAUUUGGGAAGCCUAAUCUUCAUGGCUAGCUCUGCCCCAAGUUUUAUCAGUCAAGUUUUCGCGGAGAAGAGGCCUUGGGAUACUGUCGCUGUUGCUGCCGUAAGCGGAGUCUUCGAGACAGUUGGACUUAGCUUGUUCCUCACCUGGUGGGGUACACGUACGAAUCCUUUUGACUAGAGUCUUCUGGCAUAAUUGACGUCUUUGUUCCCUGCCCAUCAGAGUCUACGGAGUUUUGUGGACACACCGAAUCGGGCUUUACUCGAUACAUGUACUGGUGUCGUUUAUUGUAUUCUAAUAUUACAACAUAAGCAGUGGAAGGAGUGUACCGUUAUAUCGGU